AGACGUCAUCAGUCUCAUAGCUGUAGAAGAAGAGCGAGUCGUGGUAGAGGAGCGUGCAGAAGUUAGACAGGUGAUGGUUUUGAUAAAGUCUUUUGAUAAAUUAAUAAACCGAUGAAAUGACCACGUAGAGACACGGCGGAGGGAUUUGCUUCCCAUUCAGAGAUGUACUGCGGUUUGCUUUGACCGUGUCACUGAGGUCAGAGCGCUCAGUGCCCCCAAGCAGAAACUCUUGCUCGAUUUUUUUUUAAUUUUCUGCUGUGUGAGUUUAUAAUGUGUGAAUUGAAGCAGCCGAUUUGUCUGUGAGCAGCUCAGAUAACCAGAGGAUCUUUGCUCCUGACAGAAACCAUCCACUGUUCCCAGAUGCGGGGCGGCCAGCCGUUGGUGGAGGUGGUCCGCCUGGGCCUGGUCUCCUACCAGGAGGCUCUGCGACUGCAGCAGGUCUACGUGAACCGGCACCGGUCCAGCCCUGCUCACGCUCUGCUGCUGUGUGAGCACCCACCAGUCUACACCACCGGGAUCCGCCACAAACCCUACCCCGAGCCCCUGCUGGACCGACUGCGCCUGCUGGGGGCCAAUGUGCACCGGGCAAACCGGGGAGGACUCAUCACCUUCCACGGGCCGGGACAACUGGUCUGCUACCCAGUCCUGAACCUGUGCAGCUUCAAGAAGAGCGUGCGGUGGUACGUCGAUCAGCUGGAGCAGACCGUCAUCGCACUGUGCAGCAGGUUCGCCAUCCAAGCUACGACGUCCCCUCACACGGGAGUUUGGGUCGGAGACAAUAAGAUCUGCGCCAUCGGAAUACACUGUGGCCGCUACAUCACGUCUCACGGUCUGGCGCUGAACUGCUGCACUGACCUGUCGUGGUUCGACCACAUCGUUCCGUGUGGGAUCGAAGGGAAAGGCGUGACGUCGCUGAGCGCCGAGCUGCGGAGACACGCCAGCGUGGAGGAGGUCGUUCCUCACCUACUGCACGCCUUCACGCAGCAGUUCAACUGUCAGCUGACCGAGGCCGCGUAGGACAGCGGUGAGUCACUGACGCCUGUGACAUCAGCAGGAACCUCAGCACUCACUAACCUGAGGGAUAACUGAGCACAAACUUUCUGAUAAUGAUUGAUCUGCAUGUGCUGAGGAGUUUUGGGCAUCAUCAUCAUCAGUGCCUGACCUGUAACUGACGGAGAGCAUGUAGGCGGAGCUUCUCAGAGCUCUAUUCUGGUCUUGGUGUUGAUAUUUUCAAUAUUAGGCUCACAGGGUGAAAGGGUAACACCCUGAAAACUCACUGCAGUGCCCUCAGUUUACACUGCAAUAAAAAACUGAGUGAAUGAAAAGUUUUCAUUUAUUAAAUUUUCCUUCCAGUGAAUCACAGAGCCCCUCUCCACUGAAACAAAGGUCUCAGACAUCACUUUGAACUGGCCCUGUUAAUGCAGCCCACACCUGUCCAGGUGUGCUGCUCUGGUCUGGAUCAAAGCUCGGUUUGACUUCUUUUGGUCACAUGAUCUAACAGCUGUUUUUAUAAUGCUGAAUGAAGGAGGUCUGUUCACAUUCAUCUGUGUUUAUUUAAUGAGUUCACACCUCAUUUGCAUAUUCACACCUGAAUACAGUAAAAUGUCAGGCAGCUGUUACUCGCGGCGUCUCACUGAUGGCCGAGGUGAGUAUUUAUAACAGGACAGGUCAGCUUUGCAUGAUUUACAGUUCAGAAUAAUCCUUAAUCUGACAGUGGACGUCGGUUCAGCUUCUCUGUCUGAAACAAGCUGUUUUAUCUCAUCCCCCUUUAAGAAACGUUUCUUCUGAUUGGCUGCUCCUCACAGAGGUUUAACCUCUACGUCUGUGAGAGUACAAAAUCUGUGACAAACGUUUAGAGCAGCCAGAGCUUCACUGCACAUUAUUAGAUCCAGAAUUGAAUUCAAAAUCCUGCUCCUCACAUGCAAGGUCUUAAAUAAUCAGGCCCCAUCUUAUCUUAAUGACCUUGUAGUACCAUAUCACCCUAUUAGAGCACUUCGCUCUCACACUGCAGGCCUACUUGUUGUUCCUAGAGUAUUUCAAAGUAGAAUGGGAGGCAGAGCCUUCAGUUUUCAGGCCCCUCUUCAGGCAAUUUUCUUUGCUAAGCAUAGACUAUAUGAAUCUUGGAACAAACCUGGCCGUCUCUUAGCAAAAUUGGCAAAAGGCAGAACAGAUGCAAAUGUUAUAUCAUCACUGUUUGAUAAUAAACACGUUAAGCACUAUAAAACAACGGAUAUCAACCGAAUUAUGAAGCAGUUCUAUAUAAACUUGUACUCAUCAGAGUGUAGUAAUACAGAUGGGGAAUUGUGGGAAUUUCUAGAUAAGGUGCCUGUUGUAUCAUUAUCAGAAAAUCACAGGGAAAGUUUAAAUAACCCUGUGACAGAGGAGGAAGUGCGACUUGCUAUUAACUCUCUUAAAGGAGGAAAAGCAUCAGGGCCCGAUGGUUUCUGCCCAGGAUUUUAUAAAAAACUAA